AUGGCGACCGCCAUGCGGGGCGGCAGCCUCCUGCGGUUCGGUUUCCGCCACGUUUCCUCCCUCCUGUUCCAGGCUUCUCCAUGCCCUGUCCCGAGCCUGGGCCUGAACCUGGCCGUUGGCCGGACCGGGCUCGUACGCCUCCGGUGCUCGGCGGCUGGGGCCGGUGAAGACGGGGGCAAGAAGGUGUCGGCUCGGCUGGCUCUGACGCAGCAGGUGCUACGGGACGCCGAGGAGCGCGCCGCGUCGGCGGGCUCCGACCCUGCCCCCAAGAUCACCCUGGAUCAUGUUACUGUUAAUUUUGCAAGAAGUGGUGGUCCUGGUGGUCAGAAUGUUAAUAAAGUUAACACAAAGGUUGACAUGCGAUUCAAUGUUAAGCAAGCUCACUGGCUUGGGGAGAGAAUCAAGGAACGAAUAUUACAAGCGGAGAAGAACAGGAUAAAUAAAGAUGGAGAGCUUGUUAUAUCUUCUACAAAAACUAGAACACAGAAGGGCAACAUUGAAGAUGCAUUGCAGAAAAUACAGGCAAUCAUUGAUGCUGCAUCAUAUGUUCCUCCACCCCCAACAGAAGACCAAAAGAAAAAGAUUGAAAAAAUAUAUUUCAUGGACUUACUUUGA